AUGAAGAUUGUCAUCAUCGGUGCGGGCAUCUCAGGAUGCGCAGCAUACCUUGAAAUGCACAAGCACCUUCCAAAGCCUUCUGGCCCGGAGGCCAACUAUGAAAUUAUCAUAUACGAGGCGUAUAGCACCGAAUUGAACGUUACCGCCGAGGAGAGACAACGAACACAAGAAGACAAUACUCAUUCGUCGACCCUCUUGGUGGGUGGCGGACUCGGCAUUGGUGCCAAUGGUCUCAAUGUUCUACGGCGUCUGGAUGAGGAUCUACUGAAGGAUGUUGUGCGCAGCGGAUAUGUUGUCUCAACCUUCAAUAUGAAGAAUAGGAACGGUUGGUCGCUUGUGUCUAUAGAUGCCACCGGCCAUACCCCUUCAGAGAAGCAACAGAUGCAUAUGGUGGCUGCCAGUCGCCAUUCCUUGUGGCAGGCUUUGCGUUCACGAGUUCCGGACGAACAUAUUAUCAACAAGCGUAUUUCGGAAGUUGUUGCUCGUGCAGAUGGCAAGAACUUGAUACAUUUUGUUGAUGGUAGCCCCUCGGUGGAAGCGGACCUGGUCAUCGGUGCUGAUGGCGUUCGAAGCAUGACCAAGCGGGCAAUUUUUCCGGAUGCCAAAGAGGACCCUUAUCCGCCUAACUAUGAGGGUCUUGUUGGCGUUGGAGGCUUCAUCCCCUCAGCGGAUGUGAAGGGUCUUGUUCAAAAAGGUUCAAUGAAUUUCAUUUUCGGUGGCAAUGGCUUCUUUGGAUACUUUUUCUCUGAAAGUGCCUUAUCAGCUUCGAAUCGUGACUCGCCCUACCAUGUAUCCGAGCCGGGAGAUUUGCUUGCGUGGUGGUCAACAUACGAAAUUGAAGAAUGUCCAGACCGCAAAACUCUCGACAUGGCUGAUGUGACUCGCCAAUUGCGUGAGAGACAUUCUCACUGGAAAGAUCCUGUUAUCCAAAAGAUCAUUCAAUCACUUAAAGUCGAGAGUAUGUACCCGACAUGGACAGUACCUCCCCUCCCAUCGUGGGAACGCGACGGCGUUGUUCUGGUGGGGGAUGCCGCCCAUGCACUUCCUCCGAGCUCAGGACAGGGCACAUCGCAGGCACUGGAAGAUGUUGAAGCUUUCGUUCUUCUUUUGUCGCACCAUCUUCGCAAGAAUGGUCAAAAGGAAGAACGAAUGACAGACGCGGCCUGGAAAACAAUCAUCAAAACGGCAGCGAGCCAGUAUAUGGCUAUGCGAAAGCCACGUGUCACGGAGAUCCUGAAGCAUGCCCAGCAUUCGCAGGGUAAGAAGCGUGAUAUGGGACUGAUUCAGGAGUACUCGAUGUAUACUGCCUUGAAAAUCAUGGGACUAUUCCCGGGCAUCAUGAGCGGUCAACUUCAUAAAGUCAUCGACUACAAUAUCGCGGAGGAAGUCGCCAAAAUAACUGUCUCGGAUCCUUGA